AUGAAGCAAAAUAUUCUAAGAGAAACUGUAUUUUCAUCAAAUUCAAGAAUAAGUCAACUCAAACCAGUGUUUUCAAAAAUGCCGAAUUUGAGGUUACCUGGAAACAACUUACACAUGUCUCUUCCUCAGAAAGUGACUGUUCUAUCAGUGACUGUGGGAGUUCUGGUGAUUGGUUUCUUAGCAAGAUAUUUAAGGCGUCGAAGAAGGGUUGUAAAUCCUGACAAUCUGCACAGAUUGGAGAGGCGAGGCCUGCGUUCAUCUCGAGGGCUUAAGAGUCCUAAUGGAGACGUGCUGAGCCAGGCGGGCGGGCGGCGCAGCGCCAGCCCCGGCGGGCGCGGGCUGCAGCGGCAGGCGUCGCUGCUGUCCAGCGACCGGCUGUCGGUGGCGUCGGGGUCGCUGGGCGGCGGCGCGGUGCUGCUGCCUGGCGGCGGCGACGCGCCGGCCGGCACCAUGCUCUCGCCCCAGCAGCUCGGCCUCAUGGAUUUUAUGGGAUGGAGGCGCUGGACACGGCCGUCAACUACUGGGAGGACGCGCUGGCGGCGUACACGUCGGAGCGCGCGGGCGGCGGUGGGGGCGGCGACGCGGGGGACGGGGCCGGGGGCGGGCCGCUCGCGUCACCAGAGAGCGAGCCAAGGGGGAGGCCAUGGAGUUUCGUGCGCGACCUGCAGAUGCUGCUCGACGCCGGCAUAA